GUCAGAGCUACCUGCUUGCCAGAUCAACGUCUGGCCGGUAUCCUCCAAGGGGAGUUUGCUGUGGUCACUGUUUCACCUGUCUGCGGGUCAGGCCCGCCCAUUCCUGUGCCACUUGGCCCCACCUUUCAACCAGUAGGUGAGAGCAUUCUGAUUCCCGAUGGUGUUCUCUGCCCACCCGUAUUCCCCAGUAUUGCUGCCCUUUUGUUGGCAGCUUUCUGUGGCAAAAUAGACUUUGCUCUGGUUUAAGUCACUGGAGGAAACCGGUUAGCUUUGCUUGGUUUUGAGAACCAUUGGGGAAGAGAAUAGUCAUCCUGGGCUGGGCGCCUUUCCCUCUGGGCUGAGUAGUUUUGCAUGAGAUAAGGAAGGACAGAAUUGUAAUUGUUGGGCCCAGAGAAUCCUUAUUUGUAAACAGCUUUCCUUAAUGGCUCUGCUCUGCCAGUGCUUAUGGACAGCUCAGGGAGUCCUCAUUCAUUCAUUUCUCACAUAACAACAGGGUCUUCACUUGGAGAGAGCUGAGAAUGAAGCGGAGAGCAUCAGACAGAGGAGCUGGGGAAACGUCAGCCAGGGCAAAGGCUCUAGGGAGUGGAAUUUCUGGAAAUAAUGCAAAGAGAGCUGGGCCAUUCAUCCUCGGUCCACGUCUGGGCAACUCACCGGUGCCGAGCAUCGUGCAGUGUUUGGCUAGGAAAGAUGGUACAGAUGACUUCUACCAAUUAAAGAUCCUUACUCUUGAGGAGAGGGGCGAGCAAGGCAUAGAGAGCCAAGAGGAGAGGCAGGGCAAGAUGCUGCUGCACACUGAGUACUCUCUGCUCUCUCUGCUGCACACGCAGGAUGGCGUGGUCCACCACCACGGGCUCUUCCAGGACCGUACCUGUGAAGUUGUUGAGGAUACAGAAUCCAGCCGAAUGGUUAAGAAGAUGAAGAAGCGCAUCUGCCUUGUCCUGGACUGCCUCUGUGCACAUGACUUCAGCGACAAGACUGCUGACCUCAUCAAUCUGCAGCACUAUGUCAUCAAAGAGAAGAGGCUUAGCGAGCGAGAGACUGUGGUCAUCUUCUAUGAUGUGGUCCGUGUGGUGGAGGCCCUGCACCAGAAAAACAUCGUGCACAGAGACCUAAAGCUUGGGAACAUGGUGCUCAAUAAAAGGACCCAUCGCAUAACCAUCACCAACUUCUGCCUUGGGAAGCAUCUCGUGAGUGAGGGAGACCUGCUGAAAGACCAGAGGGGGAGCCCUGCCUACAUCAGUCCUGACGUGCUCAGUGGCCGGCCAUACAGGGGCAAGCCAAGUGACAUGUGGGCGCUAGGCGUUGUGCUGUUUACCAUGCUCUAUGGCCAGUUCCCCUUCUACGACAGCAUACCACAGGAACUCUUCCGCAAGAUCAAGGCUGCUGAGUACACCAUCCCUGAGGAUGGGCGGGUUUCUGAGAAUACUGUGUGUCUCAUCCGGAAACUGCUGGUCCUUGAUCCCCAGCAACGCCUGGCUGCCACUGAUGUCCUGGAGGCCCUCAGUGCUAUCAUUGCGUCAUGGCAAUCCCUGUCAUCUCUAAGUGGGCCUUUGCAAGUGGUUCCUGACAUCGAUGACCAAAUGAGCAAUGCAGACAGCUCCCAGGAGGCGAAGGUGACAGAGGAAUGCUCCCAAUAUGAGUUUGAGAACUACAUGCGGCAGCAGCUGCUACUGGCCGAGGAGAAGAGCUCAAUCCACGAGGCCCGGAGCUGGGUGCCUAAGCGGCAGUUCGGCAGCGUGCCACCAGUGCGACGGCUGGGCCAUGACGCACAGCCCAUGACCUCCCUGGACACAGCCAUCCUGGCGCAGCGCUACCUGCGGAAGUAGUGGCCCCCACCAGGGCCCCAGCCCGGAUACCACCUCUUCUGGCCCCUAGCCCCAGGCCCAGCUGUCGGGGCUGGGCCCCGUAUGGCUGGACUCUUCCAGGCUGCAACAGGGACAGGGCAGUACAGGGACAGCCCAGGUCACACAUGAGGUCAGCAGAGGUACACAAAGCUACCUUUUGGAAUGAUUGCUUGAUUGUUUGGUUUUUUAAUCUGAGAAGCCUAGAUAACUAAUCUGCUUUUAAUCAUGACAUUUUAAUCUACCUCUGUCUCUUUAACCAUGCUGUCUCUGGACUGAGUGACAGGAGGAGGAGGAGGGAGCCCACCCACCUACUCAGGCCCUGGUGUAGCCAGUUGCCUGCCCCCCACAGUCCAAAUAAGCUGAAAGUGCAGCUCGCUGCUGGCUUCCCAAAUAAACGCCCCCCCAUCCCCUCUCCAGACCUCUCCCGUAGUCCAUGUCAUCCUUCCCUUCUGACCCCCGCCCUCAGUCCAAGCUUUGGAACAUCUUCACCUCACCUUAUGCCGAGUUCAAAUAUAUUUAUUUUUUUACUGAAACCAACUUCUCUUCCAUCUCUAGGUGGCUCAGCCUGGAGCCACUCUUAUCCCCAGCCUGGCUGGACAACCUACAUUGGGCUUCUUCCUCACCUCCAGGCACAGAGGAGCCCCCUUUGUUGGCUUCUGUUCACUCCUGGCCCACCAGGCCCUCUCUGUUUCCGGUGAUGGGAAGCCUUUCUAGACUUGGCUCUUUCUGUUUCAGUAGCGUCUCUGAGGUGCUGCACAUGCACGUUAGCCCUCUUCCUUCUCCAUCCUUCACAUGGUACCCAGGUAACGUGGGCAUGCAAUGUGAAGGGAGCAGUGGCAAGCUGGGCAGGAGUGCUCUGAACCUGUCUGGGUCGGGAUCUGCUUGCGUGCUCUUGCUCCCCUACCCUGUGUUUAGAGAACUCAUGGUGGGGACAUCUCCUCCUGCCCUCUCCUCAGAGUAGAUGUGGUGUCUCCCCUGGCAGACCUCGGCCAGGGCCUUCAUGGGGAUUGGAGACUUGAGGGAGUAUUGUAGGGAUUGAGGGGGUGCCCUACCCUGCCUGGCUUGAGAACAGCCCUGCUGCCCUUUUGAGCCGAGAUUUUGAAGUGGAUGCCCGUCUUGCCAGAAAUGUUGUUCUCACCAGAAUGCAGAAUGCCCUCUUCUUCCCUUUCCCCUCACUGGACUUGGCCCAGCCCAGUGCCAAGUAAAGACCCAUCCCCAUUUCCCUUGGAAAGAUUGAGGGUCCCCUCCAGGCAGCCCAAGGGCCUUCCUGUCUGUCCCAGUAGGAAGGUGACCAAGUUUCCCAGAGUGUUAGCUGUGCCCCACCCCCUUCCCCAAAGCUGACUCACUGUGAGUGACCUUGGGCAAGUUCCCAAACUUCCUUGUGCCUCAGUUUCCCCAUCUGGAAAAAAUGGGGCCACCUCUUGCCAGCAGUAGCAGGGCUGCCUACGCCCCUUCUUCCCCAUGCCCCCAAUCCAGCACUUGGGCGCCUCGUGUGCCUCAGUGGAUCUGUGGGAGCCUGCCUGAGCCCAGCACUUCCUCUCUGAGCACCUGGCUCUGCCUGUAGUCCAGCCACUGAGAGCCAGGGGUAGGGAGGCCUCUUUUCUGUAUUUAUUUGAUAAAGUCUCCUAAGGGAGCAGAAAUGCAGUUGGCCCGGGCUCCCAGCCCUGUGACUGCCCUCCAGUGAGGCUCUGAGGCCGGGCCAAGGCCCACCUGGGCAUAGUCCCUGCCCAGCAGCCUGCCUGGUCCCUCAGGCCUGCUUUUCACAUGUGGUGUUCUCCUCCUUUUCAAAGCAAUACCCUCAGGUCUGCAGAGCCCUGUCAAACAGCCUGGUUGCUUCUGAAGUUAACCCUAUGUCUGAUGGCAUUCUGGCAAAGCAGAGGGAGAGGAGGUUGGGUCUGCCUUCACUGGUGUCAUACACUGAGAGAAGUCCUAUUGUAAAGAAAACAAAAUGGAAAAAGUCACAAAAAGUUUGUAUAAAGACGUAUUUUUGUACUACAUGGGGACUCUUCCUGCAUGUCAGCAAUAAAACUUCCUGAUCUGGAGCCACC